AUGGAUUCUCUCGUGGCCAAGUACAGCCGGCCGGCGUUUGCCCAGAACGAGCCUCUCGAGGAUGACGAGCUCAGCAAUGAGCUGAUGAACCCGGCGGAUCACUUGUCGCUCAACUUUGCCAUGCCGCCCAUUGCCCAGCCCUCUGCAUGGCUCCGCGCUGCCACAGACGACCGCUCCAACCCCGACUGUCCCAUCAAGAUUGCCCACGGAACGACGACGCUUGCCUUCCGCUUCCAGGGCGGCAUCAUCGUGGCCACUGAUUCGCGAGCCACGGCCGGCAACUGGAUUGCCUCACAGACGGUCAAGAAGGUGAUUGAGAUCAACAGCGUGCUGCUGGGAACCAUGGCCGGUGGCGCCGCAGACUGCCAGUACUGGCUGGCCUGGCUGGGCAUGCAGUGCCGCCUCCACGAGCUUCGCCACAAGCGCCGCAUCAGCGUCGCCGCCGCCAGCAAGAUCCUGGCCAACCUCAUCUACAGCUACAAGGGCAUGGGCCUCAGCAUGGGCACCAUGUGCGCCGGCGUGACCAAGGAGGAGGGCCCGGCUCUGUACUACGUCGACAGCGACGGCACGCGACUGUCGGGCAACAUGUUCUGUGUGGGCAGUGGACAGACAUUCGCCUAUGGUGUGUUGGAUUCAGAGUACAAGUACGAUCUGACCGACGAGGAGGCCUUGGAAUUGGGCAAGCGGAGUAUCUUGGCUGCGACGCACCGUGAUGCGUACUCUGGUGGAUACAUCAACCUGUACCACGUCAAGGAGGCGGGCUGGGUCAAGCACGGCUUCCUCGACACGAAUCCGAUCUUCUGGGAGACGAAGCUGGAAAAGGGCGAGUUUUCAAACGUCACGAGCGCGCUGGCGUAG